AACCUAGUAAUUGUCGGUUUUGAGUCUAUCUAUAUGGAGGCUUCGUGAGAAUUCCCAAUUCUCAAAAUCAUAGGCGCAGAGAUAGAUUUUCUUUUUUAUCAAUGGCAAUUCAUCCGAAAUCAGAAGAGAUUGUAAUCCGUAUUCACGAUGAUGAUGAGGAACCACCAAAAUCAAAUAGUAUGGCACCGACGAAUUUCAAACAUGUAGCAGCAAAAUCAAAAGCUAGGGCAGAAGAGAAACCGGCGAUUAAAUUCAAGCAAUUCGAUGUUAUCACCGGGAACCAUAGCAGUGAUCAUCGGUCUAACUUGCUAGCAUUAACACCGUCCCAUUGUCUGAUUAGAAACCCAAAAGCAGAUUGUUAUUAUAUUCCAAGGUAUCAUCAACCGGAGCUUAGCCCAGAGACAAUUUCUUUGAUAAUGAAAGAACGGGAGAUCCUCAAUGAUAACCUUCCUGAUUCAAUCUUUGUCAGGGAUUACCAGAAAAGAAUCGAUCUGCUAAGAGCUCUUAUUAUCGGACCACCAGUUAUCUUUUGCCAACCUAUUGGGGUUACUGGAAGGAAAGGGAGCACUUAACUUUCGACCAAGAGAUAUUUAUGCAAAAUUGUAAAACAAUGUUUGCCACUCUAUAUCACCCACCGAGUCAUUUCCAAGAGUUUGUUGUUCAGCAUUUCGGUGACCAUGCUGAAAGCAUAUUAAAUUCUUGCAUACCUUAUAUCGAUGACAACAUAUCCAAGGUUGAUCAAGGUGUUACUGCCUCGGCACUUUCCACUACCGUCGCAAUUGAGGAAGAAUUAGAAGGGUACAAAAAGUCUAUGAAGGAAAUCUAUGUGAAGCUCGUUAAGGAGUUCAUAAAGAAUGGGUCGCCGAAGUCGUUGAAGACGGACUACGAUGUUGGAGGUAUUGUAUCUGAUGUCAUCAGCGAUGAGAAGAAGAGAAAAGUAGAUGAGAUGAAAAGCUAUUGUUUUGACCUGCUGUACUGGUCUGUUGGUAUACCGGUAGUUUUAAUGUUGGUGAUAUUUGGUGCGCUGUAUGUUUUUUCCCCACACUAGAGAACACAAUAACUUCAUGCAGGUUGGCUUAGCGAAUUCCACCCAUGUGGUGCUUUAGUAUGAGAGUUGCAGUUGCAGGUUGCUCUCAUGCCGAUGCUAUGAAUUUCUUUUUCUACUUGCGCGAUAUCAUUUCAAUAAUUCGCGUCAUAAGUUUUGCUUAAAUAGCUUGAUCUUUCUUUUUCCUUUUUGAAGCAAGAUAUUAUUUAAUGUCAAAGUAAGCAAUAAAUUCAAUAUUCUACCGCA